AUGACGAAUCCCGACAACCAGAAGCCGGUCGAAGUUGCCGACGUGGAGGCGGCGGCCAAGACGGAGACGGAGACGGAGACGCCGGCGUUUUCCGCGAUUACUCAGAGGUGGAGAAGGGAGGAUUUGGUAAAGAAAGCAUCUCCGAUUUCGAGAGGAUUGUGUCUCUUGUUCUCUCUCCUCGCAUUCAUAAUCAUGGUCUCUAACAAGCACGGAGACGGUCGAAACUUCGACGACUACGAAGAGUACAGAUAUGUAUUGGCGAUCGCGAUUAUCUCAACUUUAUACACUGCGUGGCAAACGUUUGCACAUUUCUCGAAAAGAGAAUUCUUUGAUCGCCGGACUUCCGUCUUGGUCGAUUUCUCCGGCGACCAGAUUGUAGCGUAUCUUCUGAUUUCAGCUGCGUCUUCUGCAAUUCCAUUGACCAACAGAUUCAGAGAAGGUCAAGAUAACAUAUUCACUGAUUCCGCUGCUUCAGCAAUCAGCAUGGCUAUCUUCGCCUUCGUCUCUUUAGCUCUCUCUGCUCUCUUCUCCGGUUACAAACUCUCCACUCAUUCUUUCAUCUGA